AAACUAUUACCGGAAUUUACAUAAAUAAACAACAUAUUAUGUAACCUAGACUUUAUUGUCAUUCUGAAAAUAUACAGAAAUCUGAUCUAGGUCUAGAUCUAGAUCUAGGCCCAUAAUAAAUCUAGAAUCUAUAUCUAUUAUAAUAAUAUAAAAACUAUAUCUUUAUCUCUAUUGUGAACAAUAAUAAUAUGAGUGGUGCAGAUGAUGGAAUCACGGAGAUUUUCCCACACUACAAAACAUACAAAGCUUGCCAAUCUAAAGCUUUCAUAACUGGGUCCAUUACAUUAUUAGGAGCUGCUGCAUGUACCUAUCUUCUCAUGGAGCAACUGUUUAAGAAAUACAAACCAAAUAUUAGCAAAAACUGGCUAAUGAGUCUACCAUUUUUAGUUGGAGUGGGAUCAGCUUAUGUUAUUACUAUGAGAAAAACAACUCAGUGUCAAAAUAUGUGGAUGGCUAUGGAAGAAAGACAUUCAGUUUUAACACCUGCUCAAGAGAGAUUACAGUCCAGAAUGAAAACUGCAAACUAAAGAAAUCUUGACACAGCUUCCUACAAACCACCAAUGCAAAAGUUCAACAGAAUAUUAAUUUGGCUAUGAUUGUAAGCUAGUAUUAAAAUCUACCAUUUAACUUGU